AGGCCGAACGGUGAGCGCAUCAAAAUCUCAAUUCAUCCUUUUAGAUUGUGAUUAAGAUGAGCGAUCCUCAGUGUGCAGCGCUGCAGUAGCGUCCACUGUGUUCACACGCGCUUAUAUUGUGUCUCGUGGAGCGACAGAGCAGGAGAUAUUUACAUGAAACAACACUCGGGGCAUCAUGGUUCAACUCCGACCCCUCACCAGACCUAAAAUCCUCAAGAAGAGGACCAAGAAGUUCAUCAGACAUCAGUCCGACCGCUAUGUCAAGAUCAAGAAAAACUGGAGGAAGCCCAGAGGUAUUGACAACAGAGUGCGCAGACGCUUCAAGGGUCAGAUGCUGAUGCCCAACAUCGGUUAUGGGAGUAACAAGAAGACCAAACACAUGCUGCCCUCUGGAUUCAGGAAGUUCUUGGUCCACAAUAUCAAGGAACUUGAAGUCCUCAUGAUGAGCAACAAGUCCCAUUGUGCAGAGAUCGCCCACAAUGUGUCUUCAAAGAACAGGAAGCUCAUUGUAGAGAGGGCCGCUCAGUUGGCCAUUAAGGUUACAAACCCCAACGCCAGACUCCGCAGCGAGGAGAACGAAUAAUCUGGUUGUCUUGUUGUAUUUUCAAUAAAAUGGGAAAAAAGUGA